AUGGCGCCUUCACGCAUCGCAGAUUCUAGCAGCGAGCCAAGUGAUCAUAGUGACCAUGGAGAUCACAGCGACUUGAGCGAUGACUGCGGCUGCACUGCUGGUCUCUCGCACAGUUCCGUUCGCAAUAUUCCCGUCACAGACGGCUCAUCUCUUUACCGCAUCGACACACAUACACACAUUAUGCCAUCAGAGCUCCCGGAUCUCUCUUCCUAUCCAACAAACUCGAAAUCUAGCCCGUGGUUGAACUUGCGCCCAUCAAAGACAGGAGAUGCCGACCAAAUAGACAUGUACGUCGGUGAUGCCUUUUUUCGGACCGUGGAGCCCAAUUGUAUCCAUGCCGAGACGAGGAUAGCCGAAAUGGAUGCUGCUGGGGUUGAUGUUCAGAUCAUCAGUACAGUGCCCAUUUUGUUCUUCUACGACGAACCGGCAGAACCAGUCACAGUCCUUGCUAGGGCACUGAAUGAUCACAUUGCGGGACUCUGCUCGCAGUAUCCGGACCGAUUUGUCGGACUCGCGACGGUUCCUCUCCAAGACGUCAGCGCGUCGGUAGAGGAGCUCAAACGGGCAAAAUCUCUGGGACUGAAUGGAGUCGAAAUCGGCACAACAAUUGGAGAGACGAACCUAGACGAUCCCGUCCUUGACCCAUUCUGGGCGGCUUGCGAGGAUCUGAACAUGCCCGUUUUCGUCCAUCCCUUGGGAUACUCAUUAUCAAAAGAGAACAGCAAGAGAUGGGCAAAGUAUUGGGGUUCCUGGCUCGUGGGCAUGCCAUCGGAGACAGCACUCUCCAUCUUGGCUCUCACCUCAUCCGGUACUUUGUUGCGGCACCCUCGAUUGAAGCUCUGCUUUGCACAUGCUGGUGGGGCUUUCCCAGCGCUUCUCGGCAGGAUACAGCAUGGUUAUGACUGUCGACCAGAUCUCCUCGCAGGCGAUGCUGGCGGUGUGAGUCCCUCGGACCACAUGUCAAGAGGCGGGUUCUGGGUCGACUCUCUGGUGCAUGAUCCAGAUCUUCUUGAGUUUUUAUGCAAGAAGAUUGGCCCAGAGCGGAUCGUCAUGGGAAGCGAUUACCCUUUUCCACUGGGAGAAGUACCAGUCGCAGGGAAAAUGCUCUGUACCGAGGAAAAGCUGGACAGCUUUCUGACAUGGAACCAAAGAGCAAACAUGUUGGCGGGAAAUGCCAUCAAACUAUUCAACUUGGGACCAAAUUUUCAAAAGUCUUUCCAGCAGAGGCUGAGUGUUUUUGCAAAGAAGUCAAGUUCAGCGGGGAAUGUCAAAUUGGAGUCCAUGAUACCAAACUAA